AUGCCUCCGCGACGUGCCGCCGCCGGCGCGAAAGCCGAAGCGGCCAAGGACGUUGUCCUCGACGCCGCCAGCAACGCGACCGAGAAGGUUGUGAAGGCUGAGGAGGACGUCAAAGAUGCCGUGGUGUCUGGAGGAGAGUUUCGCGACCCAUACCCUGAUAUGACGAUCCGGAGGCCAAAGCUUCCCGCAUACGCGCAAUUUCCGCUUGCUGCAACGUUGAGCUUCGCGCUCGCAAGCACAGGCUACAGUUUGUUGGGGGAGUAUACCAAAGGAGAACUGGCGAGCGUGAGCCGGAGCCAGGAUACUUGGGGCGAGGUCGGAAUCUUGGCCGGCUGGAGACUCAUCGAGCUGGGUCUAGGCUGGUUUGGGAACAUGGACAGCAUCGAUGUUGCGGCGAUGGACCUCUUGUCGCACGGGCCUUCUCUGUAUCUCUUGACAGCUUUCUACGGCCUAAGCCCUUCGACUGGCAUGAUCUCGCUCUUGGUCGACAUCACCUCCGCCGCCGUGCCCUUCUAUCUUCUACGACCUCUGUCGGCUGUUCAUUCCCGAUCAUCCAAGCUUCACAACCGCGAGCUUGUUGGUUUUGGUCUCCAGGCCUACACGACAGCCCUGUCAACUGGAAUCUACGCCGUCACCAUUGUGCUGUCGCUUCGUCUUCUGCUUCCACGCAUCCUCGUCAUCUACUUUUCCGGUCUCCCAACUCUCGAGCCAGCCUACUCUGCGUCCUAUGCUGCCCUUCUGCCGGUCGCACUUGCCUUUGGCGCAGCGGCCAGCAACUUUAUCUACCCGCCAUUCGCCACCACCGACAAGGUCAAGGAUGACGAGAAGAUUGGCGAGUUUGACCCCGCCACGGCGACGCUGCGCGAAACCGUUGAGUGGAACAUUGCUGGCUACACAGCCAAGACCAAGGUGAUUGUCCGCCGCACCGCAACGGCCGCGUUCGUGACGGCCUUCAACACCUACCUGGCCUGCACGAUGACUGUGUACGGCAUCGCAUCGACAGGCGCUGCUACCUAUGCAGCCGUCUGGGUGAGCGCUGUCCUGACUUCAGGCCUGGGUCUCGCGUACGUUGGAUCAGAGUAA